GGAAGUAAAUAUCACGUGACCGUCCGAAUCAGCUGACCUCUCCGGGUAGACGUCUUUACGAGUCACGACUGCGGGGAUUAACUCAUUCAUCAUUUACUGCACAUUUUAGGGCCCAGCUAGCAACCAUGGCGCUCAGCGAUGCCGACGUUCAGAAGCAGAUCAAGCAUAUGAUGGCCUUCAUCGAGCAAGAGGCCAACGAGAAGGCCGAGGAGAUUGACGCAAAGGCAGAGGAGGAGUUCAACAUUGAGAAGGGCCGCCUGGUGCAAACGCAGCGUCUGAAGAUAAUGGAGUAUUAUGAGAAGAAAGAGAAGCAGAUUGAACAGCAGAAGAAAAUACAAAUGUCCAACCUGAUGAACCAGGCCCGUCUGAAGGUCCUGAAGGCUCGUGACGACAUGAUCUCUGAAAUGCUGAACGAGGCUCGCCAACGACUCGCUAAAGUCGCACGAGAACCUUCCAAGUAUCCCGCUCUCAUCGACGGCUUGAUUCUACAGGGUUUUUAUCAGCUGCUGGAGACAAAAGUGACCAUUCGAUGUCGCAAACAAGACGUGCAGUUGGUGCAGGCAUCCAUCCAGAGAAACAUUCCCAUCUACAAAGCGGCGGUGAAGAACACCCUGGAGGUCCGCAUCGACCAGGACAACUUCCUCUCUCCGGACAUCUCUGGAGGUAUUGAACUCUACAACGGUGACGGCAAGAUCAAAGUGUCCAACACCUUGGACAGCAGACUGGACCUAAUGGCUCAGCAGAUGAUGCCCGACAUCCGAGUGGCUCUUUUCGGCGCCAACCCAAACCGCAAGUUCAUGGACUGAAACCCCUCCCCCUCUUGUUGUUGGUAUCAUAGAAUUAUUGUUAUUUUCUAUUUUUCUCAUAUGAAAGAAGUGUUUUCCCCCGUGAGUGACAUGCAAAAAAGAGGGUGUCGUCAUGGUUAUUGUGUGAUGUGCUGCUGUAUUUCUUUGUGCAUGAAGGGAGCACCGCCGCCACUCAUCGUUACCCAUAAACCUCUCUGGUAACGCAACACACUUACAGAUUCUUGUUUGUUUACAGAGAAGUCCGUGCCGCGGGGUGGGCUUACCUACUUGAGUCUUGCUAACUAACUGGAUCUGUUUUAUUGACAAAUGAGCGUGAGUUGGAAUGGGGGGUAUCCUCAAAGCGAACGCCGUAAAAAGUUAAUUUAUUUCGCUGAUAUCAUUCCAGAGUAUGUAUAUGAUGUUACCUGACUAAAUUAUGAAUGUUUGAUUGUUUUUGUGUGUGGUUUUUUUCCCAUUUGGAUUGUUGUCUCAAACUUGUAACAUGGUGUAAAUGUACAACAUAAUAAAAUAUAUUAAUCAUGACCAGUA